GUGCGUCAGCUGAUUAUAUCACCUGUUUGAAUUUGAGGCGCGUCAAAAUCACGGGAUUAAGGUAAAUCUUACAGUUUCUGUGUUGUCCACUGUAUACAAUAUUAUUAUUGUUAUUAUGGUGGCGAUAAAAGCUAUAAGCCAAAGCUUCUGUCGGCUGGCCCGAGGAGCAUCUUUACAGAUCAAAUUCAACAAGAGCCGCGUGCUGAAGAUGCGUUCCAGCGAGUGUCAGACUCAGGCGGUUUCUGAUGGCGAACUAAACCUGAGGUUGUCCAGCUGUGGCAGCAGCUCUAGCCUAUCAGAGAGCUCCAGCAGGUCAGGUGGUUCGCAGGCGGCUGACGGUCCGGCCAGUCGUGUGGUCAGCUGGGCUGUCUGUUUCGAACACCUGCUUGAAGACCAUGUCGGAGUGCGGUACUUUACUGAGUUUCUCAGAUCUGAGGUCAGUGCUGAGAAUAUUCUCUUCUAUCAAGCCUGCGAGAAGUUCAAGAAAAUCCCCACGAGCCGACUAGAGGAGAUGAAGAAAGAGGCGCGUUUGAUCUACGACACGUUUCUGUCUGAAAGCUCUCUGCAUGCGGUGAAUAUCGACGAUACGGCGCAGACGGAGGAGCGUGAGCUGGAGAUGCCCACGCCUGACAUGUUUAAUAAAGCUCAGGCACAGAUCUUCAAGCUGAUGAAGAUGGACAGCUACACCAGGUUUGUUCGCUCUCCGCUCUACCAGAACUGCAUGCUGGCUUGUGUGGAGAGUCGUCCUCUGCCCAGCAUCGGGACCCCGGAGCCCAAGAGCAAGAUGUCCAAAAAGAGCGCAACGCCGCCCAGCAACAGAAAGAGCGUGGAGCUGAAAGUGCCCUCAUCAGACAGCAAGACCAGCCGGAAGAAGAGGUUAGAGAACAGAGGCUCAUGGGGAGCGGAUCAGUCAUUUGAGCGCAUGGCAGUAUCUCGUAAGGAGUCUCAGAUCUCGGUGAAGUCUAACAGCAGUCUGGAGUUGGUGUCUGGAUCCGGCAGAGCGGAGAACGGGCGCUGCAGUGUUGCCGUCUCGGAUCCCGAGGCCUUGAGUUCUGGAUCUCCAACAGCCGAUAAAUACUGCUGCGUAUACCUGCCGGACGGGACAGCCAGCCUGGUGUCAGCCAGAGCCGGUCUGAGCCUCAGAGACAUGAUCAGCAGCCUGUGUGAGAAAAGAGCCUUUCCUCUGCGGGACGUCCUGCUAUACCUGCGGGGAAAAGACAAGCCUCUGUCUCUGGAUCAGGACUGUUCAAUGUUUGGAGAUCAGCAGCUCAGCCUGGAGCUCAAAAUCACUUUUGCGCUGGAGAUAGCAUUUUUAGGAAGGACGAUCGGCAUCAUAGCGAAGUCCAGUAAGAGUGUUGGUGAAGCUCUGUCGUCCGUCCUGGAGAAGCAGCAGCUGCGGCCGCAGGAUGUGCAGCUCUCUCUGAGUGGCUCAAACGAUGCUCUGAACAUGAGCACCAGUGUGUUUCGUCUCGCCAACAAAACAGUGCGCUUGGACAGAGCUGCUCUGGAGAUUCAGACCUCUUCACCAUCAGCCAGAGCAAACAGCCGAGGCAGAAAACAUCAGGACGUGGACGGUCUGGUGGAGCUGCUGAAUCGAGCGCAGUGCAGUCGUGCUGAUGAUCAGCGUGGGUUACUCACUAAAGAGCAGCUGGAGAUCCCGCAGUUCCUGCAGCUGCCAGCAGGAGGAGCGGAGGACCAGGAGUGCGCACUAUAACACACACACACACAGACUGCAGGAGUGAAGCUUGACACUGCUUCAGCGUGUGUGAGUGAAGUGUUUGCCAGAGUAUACUUGUGUGUUUUGGUUUGUGUGUGUGUGUGUCUGCAUGUGAUAGUGAGUGUUUGUGUAAGGGUGUUGUGGAAGUAAGUGUGUUUCUGUGUGUGAAUGUGUGUGUUUGUGUGUGUGUAUGACAGUACAGAUUGUUAACCCUCAGAGUGUGUGUAUAUUGUGUAUAUUUCAGUACAGAGCUCUUGUAAAUGCACAGAUGAAUGAUGGAGGAUUGUCUUAAAGGGACAGUACACCCAAAAAUGAGUACUCAGUCAUCAUUUCCUCAGUUUCCUUCCUCUGUUGAAUGCAAAUGAAGAUAUUCUGCCAUUGACUUCAAUGGUAUUUUUGUUCUUGCUCUAAAAGUCAUCGACUUCUUUUUUCCAACAUUCUUCAAAAUAUCUUCUUUUGUGUUCAACAUGAAAUUCACAAGUGUUUACUUUUGUGAAAUUAUAAAAUUAAAAUUUUGCAUGAACUGCCCCUUUAAAUAAAUUAAAAACAAAGCAAAAACAGCUCAAACUACAUUUUCCCUGAUAAAAAAAGACUAUUUAUUUUCAUAUCAGGUUGUUGUUGUGUGCCAUAUGAAGUUUAGCUUGUAUUUUCCAGCACAUGUUUGAUUUGGAAACACAUUUGAGUGACUUUAUAUGGGGUGUUUUGCUCAGAGUGACUGAUUAAAGAGGCUGAUGUGGGGAA